CACACUCGUGCUCAGAGAAGCUGCACAGAUAUCUUCAGCUCCAGUGGUUUGUGUGUUGUCUUCAGGACACGCCCACAGUCAGGAGAAUCUCAUGAAUAUUCAUGUCAGUGUCACUCUGUGGAGCCAGUAAUAUUUCAGGAUAUACCUGUAGAUCACACAGGUGUGUUUUAGUGAAGUGAAAGAGUCAAAGAGCUUAGAUUGUGUUCCUGCUGCACAAGAGCGUCUGUACUUCUGCAUGUGAUGGUCAGCGGCUGAUUGUUUCCUGAACGCUCUGCUAAUGUCUGCAUUGGUGUUUUAGCUGCAGUAUGGCAGAGGAGCGAGUAAAGGACUCUCUCUCAGAGAAACACAGUGUGAGAUCAGGAUCAUAUGUGUCCAGCUCUGUGUCUCUGAAGAGUGACUGGUCUAAGGAUCAUCCACCAUACCUCACAGGGAAAACACCAUCACCUGCUCAAAGUGUUGAAUAUGAGUUACCAGAUGCAGGAGCCAAGAUUAACAGGACCCACAAGAGUUUCACAGACAAUCUCCUGUUGAUCUUCCAGAAUCUUGAGAGUAAAAUUGUCAGCUUUUUAAAGCAUGAACUGACAAAGUUUAAGAAAGUAUUAGACAAAGAAUACAGUCAAGAGUUUGUAAAGGACUUUAAUGAGAACAGAAGCAGAAUCACAGAAGCAGCUCUUGAUCUCACACUCUUCUUCCUGAGAGAGAUGAAGCAAGAUCAAGCUGCUGAUACUCUCGAGGAUGAGCUGUUCUUCAUUAAUGAGUUAAAAUGUAGCCUGAAGAAGAAAUAUCAAAGUGUGUUUGAAGGAAUUGCUCAGCAAGGAGACUCCACACUUCUGAAUAACAUCUACACCGAUCUCUAUAUCACUCAGGGUGCGAGUGAACAGGUCAACACUGAACAUGAGAUUAGACAGAUUGAAGCUGCUUUCAGACGUCAUCAGUCACUAGAGAUGCAGGUUGAAUGCAAACAUUUGUUUGAAGCACCUGAACAAGACGAGCAGAUCAGAACUGUCCUGACAAAAGGAGUUGCUGGCAUCGGGAAAUCAGUCUCUGUGCAAAAGUUUGUUCUGGAUUGGGCUGAAGGGAAAGAAAAUCAAGACAUCAGCUUCAUAUUUCCUCUUCCAUUCAGAGAGAUGAACUUAAAGGAGAAAGAAAGACAAAGUUUAAAAGACCUCAUAACUCAGUUUUUCCCAGAGACUAAAGGACUGGACCUCACAAGAAGCACACGAUUCAAAGUCCUGUUCAUCCUUGAUGGAUUGGAUGAAUGUCGUCUUCCUCUGAACUUUGCUGGUAAUGAGACGUGUCGUGAUGUAUUUUCAGCAGUCUCUCUGGAUGUUCUCCUGACGAACCUCAUCAAGGGAAAUCUGCUUCCUUCUGCUCUCAUCUGGAUCACCAGCAGACCAGCAGCUGCCAGUAAGAUUCCUGCUGACUGUAUCGACCGGCUGACAGAGAUACGAGGAUUCAAUGAUGCCCAAAAGGAGGAGUACUUCAGAAAGAGACUCACAGAUCAGAAUCAGGCCAGAGAAAUCAUUGAUCACAUUAAACAGUCAAAGAGUCUCUUUAUUAUGUGCCACAUCCCAGUCUUCUGCUGGAUUUCAGCCACUGUUCUCCAGAACAUUUUGAAGGAGAACAGAAAUACUGAAGUGAAACACAGGGCUAAUGCUGAAACACUGCAGGAAUCUCCCAAGACUCUGACACAGAUGUACACACACUUUCUCCGCUUUCAGAUCCAGCAGAGCAGAAGAAAGUAUGAUGGAGAAAACACACCAGAUGUCUCCUGGGAUCCAAACCUCAUCCUUUCACUGGGGAAACUGGCCUUCCAGCAGCUGGAAAGAAACAAUGUGAUCUUCUAUGAGAGCGAUCUGAAAGACUGUGGCAUUGACGUCUAUAAGGCAUCGGUGUACUCAGGCAUGUGUACCCAGAUCUUUAAGGAGGAGACGGGAAUCAUUCUUGGUACCAUGUACUGCUUUCUUCACUUGAGCAUUCAGGAGUUCAUUGCAGCGCUUUAUCAACAUCUAAUUCUAGACAUAAACAAGAAACCUUUACCUAUCUUCAGACAGAAAAGCAAAACUAAAUGUAUGAUUGAUUUGCUGAAGACUGCAGUGGACAAGGCUCUGGAAAGUGAGAAUGGACAUCUGGACCUUUACCUUCGCUUCCUUCUCGGUCUGUCACUCCAGUCCAAUCGACAACUAUUACGAGGCCUGUUGACACAGCAGGAUGACAGUGACCAGAGCAAAAAGAAAAUAAUUACAUACAUCAAGCAGAAACUUGAAGGGAAUCUGUCUCCAGAGAGAUCCAUCAAUCUGCUCUACUGUCUGAAUGAACUGAAUGAUCAAACUCUGCUGAAAGAGAUUCAGUCUCACCUUAGUAGAGGAAGUCUGUCAUCUGCUGACCUUUCACCUGCCCAGUGGUCUGCUCUGGUCUUUGUGUUGUUGACCUCAGAGGAGGAGCAAGAGGAGUUUGAGCUUCAGAAAUUCCAGAGAUCAGACGAGUGUCUCAUCAGACUAUCAGCAGUCAUCAAAACCUCCAAAAGGGCUCUGCUACAGUGCUGUAAUCUCACUGUUCGGUCUUGCGAGAGUUUGUCUUCAGCUCUACAAUCCUCAAACUGUGUCCUGAGAGAGCUGGACCUGAGUGACAAUGACCUGCAGGAUUCAGGAGUGAAGCUUCUCUCUGAUAGACUGAAGAGUCCAAUCUGUAAACUGGAGAUACUGAGAUUGUCUGGCUGUAUGGUGACAGAGGAAGGCUGUGGUUUUCUGUCUUCAGCUCUGACUUCAAACCCCUCACACCUGAAAGAGCUGGAUCUGAGCUACAAUCAUCCAGGAGAUUCAGGAGUCAAGCUGCUCUCUGAACAACUGGAGGAUCCAAACUACACACUGGACAAACUCAAUGUGGAUCAUGGAGGAGAGAAGAGGAUUACAGCAGGACCACACAAAUAUGGCUGUUUUCUCACACUGGAUAUAAACACGGCAAACACUGAACUCAUUCUGACUGAGGAGAACAGGAAGGUGGAGUGUGUGUGGGAGAAUCAGUCGUAUCCUGAUCAUCCAGACAGAUUUGAUCGUGUACUUCAGGUGUUGUGCGAAGAGAGUGUGUGUGGACGCUGUUACUGGGAGAUUGACUGGAGUGGAGAUCAUGGUGUGUGUAUAUCAGUGUCAUAUAAGAGCAUCAGCAGAAAAGGAGGCAAUGAGUGUUUGUUUGGACGUAAUGCUCAGUCCUGGAGUUUGAUCUGCUUUUCCUCUAGUUUCUCAUUCAUACACAAUAACAUAAAGACUAAUCUCCCAGUGAAGCCACUCAGCAGUAGGAUAGGAGUGUUUGUGGAUCACAGUGCAGGAACUCUGAUCUUCUACAACAUCUAUAGAGACACAAUGAGCCUCAUCCACUCAGUCCAGACCACAUUCACUGAGCCGCUCUAUCCUGGGUUUUGGGUUUAUUCUGGAUCAUCUGUGAAACUGUGCUAAAGUCUGCAAGACUGACAAGAGAUCAGUCUACAGGAUCAGUCAGUAGCAGUGAGAUGCUCUGGAGUCUCUUCCUCUCAUCACAUUAAUCCUCCAUCUUAACUUCUGUCUCUGAGAGAACAUGUGUGUCCGAAAUCCUCAUCGAGUGUUUUGUGUGUGUCUGUGUAAGAGAGAGACAGAGAUCAUUUGAAUUUACUUUUGGAUGGGACCAGGCGGUGUAACGCGAGAAUGAGUACUAGAAGGAUCCAAUAUGCAAGUAAUAAUACUUUAUUGACACAGUCAAUAUAGCAUGAGAACAAGUCCAAAAUAAAACAGAAAAUAAACAAAGAUCAGGUAUCCCGCUAAAACAGGGAUCUGGGAAAAACAGACAGGUACUGAGUAGCUCUGGGUGUCAAACGGUUCUCCACAGCAGCCCUGAACACAGACAGAGAGCAUAUCAAAAACAACAACGAACUGACACGUGUUAUAUUGUCAAAUAUUUGUUGUAUUAUAUUGUGUGGAUCAAACUAGAAGAUUCAAAAUGAAUGGAGCAGCUAGCGUUGAGCUAGCAGAGAUUGUAUAAGUUGUAUCAUCACUACAUUUGUAUCAACUUGAGUGACUCUGGCUGUUUCUCAAUAUGCGUUAAUGUCUUUACUUGCGUUCUUGUGUCCUCGUGAAACGUUAUCAACCAUCGCAGAGGUACUGUUCCAAUUCAAAGUUCACAUCUUGCCAAGUACAGAUAAAAUUCCCGGAUGUGUACUUGCUCUGGCCCUUUUGCCAAGGAUGCUUCGAGAGGUGACUUGUGCGAACUUACAAAGCAUAGGUAUCCCAGAAUACAUUGCAACGUAACCAGCGAAAGCUAAUGGCGAAGGAGGAAACCCGCAGGGUUUUAAGAAUACUAGUGGUGGGCAAAGCGAGGCUUCGUGAAACACUGAAACAGUUAAGGCAAAUGUGUCGAAGCUUCGAAACGUUUCGAAACCCCACUCUACAGUGAUGCCUAGUGGUCAUUUUUAUGUAUUGCACUGGAACAGUUUCAACAAAGAACAGUUGAGCAAAUUUUAUUUAAUAGGUAUUAAACCCCACUUUGUAAGAUCAAAUCCUCAAGUGAAAUAGUGGAGUGGUUAGGGUUCCUGACUUCCAUGCGGAGAUUGUUGGUUCGAAUCCAGGCUGAUACAGCUACUUUGAAAUGCUUUAAUAUCAGUUUAAGAUGCUUUGUUCGUGUAUUGUUUUGUUUCAACAUUGCUCUGACAUCCAAAUAAACACUUUGUGAAUAAAUAUGUCUUGUUUCGGUCAUAAAACAGGGUUGUUGCUAGAUCAGAUACAGUUGUGGACGGAAGUUAACAAGAAUUAUUUAUAUUAUUCAUUCAAUUUCCCAUUUAUUGUAUUUUAUUAACGUCUACCCUAACCCUAAACCCAACCAUCACAGUACUGUAAAAUAUUAAUUAUUGUUUUACAGUUACAAAAAUGAUGGUUAAUUGAUGGCGUAUCAGCAGCUGUAUCCUAUCUAGACUACACCAUAACAGUAACAUGAUUAAAACACAUAAAAUCACGAUUUAGGAGUAUUUGUACAAGUCGGGAUUCGAACCCAAAAGUCGUAUGAAGGCUGUAACAACAUGCACACGCACAGUCCACUAGGCCAUAUGUGACAAAAGUGAAGUUUGACCCUAUCAGUCAAAUGCAGAUUCUCCAGGUCUCGAAACGCUUCUGAACUGAUCGAUGCUUUGAAUUGCUUUUGUCACGUGACCAGGUGUUUCGAAACACUUUAGUCAUGUGACCUGGGUGUUUCGGAUCAUUCUUCGGUACAGUGUUUCGAAACACUUGCGCUUCGGGAUCGCGACACAGUGUCGAAACGUCAGUUUCACGUCAGCCAUCCCUAAAGAAUACUCCUCUGAGGUGUCACAAAUUAAAGUUUUAAGAGUUUUUCAGGCGAUAAUGUAGUUGUUUUAACCUCGAAUCGGCAGUUUAUUUAUAAAGAUAGCACAUCUUUAUUGAUGUGCCUCAGCUUAUGCGGACUCUGACCCCCAGCGUGUCAGUGAUAGCUUCGUGAUUCCUUCCCCCGCCGAGAGCAGCUUUACAUCGGCUAGUCCAUUACGGAUGUACCGCUGGAUCGCAUCUGUCAAUUGUAGUUAAAACAUGAUAUUUAAUACAUCUUGUGCAUAUCUAAUGGACAGUUUUUGGUUUUAUAACUCUAAUAUUUGUUAUCAGCUGUAUUAUUUUCUCAGUGUUACCUUUUAUAAUUGUCUGUAAUUAUGUUACCGUGUUGUACGAGGUUUGUCUUUAUUUACUAAAUUGCUUAACGUUAUAUUUAUUUCUUAUUGUGUACAUCUUGUACUUGUAUAAUGUCCAUUGUAGUUUAUUAUAUCUGAUAAUCAAAGACACGGAUCUGUGUAUAAUAACCCAUUUCACUUCACAUUUAUAGUGAUUUAUGUUUACAUUUUCUUCAAUCAAAAAUAUCGAUUUAUAAUAUUAAUAUAAUAGUAAUAAUAAGGCCAUGCUUUAUAUAAUUAAAUCAUUAUAUUGUUAAUGUACAGUGAAACCGAUGAAUCCAUGGUGAGGUAAGUGACGUUAUAAAGUACACUGCUGUUCCAUUUGAAGAAGAACCCAACUUGUGUCCUCGAGAGUUCGUUUUUUUAAGUCUGAACUUAGCAAGUCUGAACUUCCAAGGACGCAAGUCCAAACUUUGCAUGCUUGGUAUUGAGAAACAGUGAUUAUGUUCCUGCCAAUAACCUGUUUUCUGUCUCCUGUUACUGUUGUCGAUUAAUAAAAAGAUUGUGUUCGUG